AUGGCAAAAAAAGACAACAAGGUCAUCAUGGCCCGCAAUACCAUCAUCGCGUUUAUCUCGGUGGUAGCCAUUGGCAUUCUGGCAUUUGGUACCUAUGUCAGUACCGAUAUGGGGGCCGGUGAGAUUGCCGAGGAAAACAACGACUACCAGGUGAUCGAAAACCCAAGGCCCAGACGUCCCGGCGAUCCGAUAGAAGUCAUCGAAUACUUUUCUUACGCCUGCAUACACUGCAAAACCUUUGACCCGAUUAUCGAAGAAUGGGCUGCUGAACAACCUGAAGAUGUUGCUUUUUCACGCGCACCCGCCACUUUUUCGCCGAUCUGGGCGCUGUUAUCGCAGACCUAUCUGACCUUUGAAGAUCAGGGUGUGCUGGAUCAGAACCACAGUCGCAUGUUCCGUGCGAUUCACGAUGCCGGCCGUCAAUUCUUAACACCGGAAAUGGUGGCUGAAUAUGUUGAUGGACGUGGCUUAUCCAGCGCCGAAUUUCUGCGUGCGUUCAAUUCCCCAGCGGUUAAAGAAGCGAUGCGCAAAGCAGAACGGGAUCAGCUGAGAUUUCAGAUCGCGGCAACACCUUCACUGGUGGUUGCAGGCAAAUAUCUGGUGGGCAUGAACAAUGGUCAGCGACGUGCGCUGCGGGUUGUUGAACACCUGCUCGAACAGGAACGCGCUGCAGAGGACACAAGCACCUAG